GCCCAGGAGGGGCAGGAGGGUUGGAGUGCUGCACGCUGUAUUCCUUCUCCCCGACUCUUAAGAGGUCGCGAUCGCUUUGAGAACCGCGAUCCGACUGCAAAUCAUUCCCGGCAUCCUCGCGUUCCGGGUAAGUAGGACAGUCUGGAGGCUCCGGGCAUGGGAGUGUGUGGUCCGGACGCUGACAUGCCGCGGCAGUCUUUGUUUCCAUAGAGCAGCAGCUUCCUCGCCGACCUUACCUUCAGACGCUCUCACUCCCUUCUCUCCGUCGUCUCGGCUGCAGCCUAGGUCCAUACUUUUGCGCGUCCUGCACCGCCGACAGGGACUCUCCUGAGACGCUCGUCCAGCUUUGUCACAUCCCUGGUCCAGGUGAUUGUAAAGUGCUGACUAAUUGCCACUGAACAUAAUUGAGACAGAAAAUAGGAAGAUGACAGCAAACCCUUCAGGACAAGGUUUUCAAAAUAAAAAUAGAGUUGCCAUCUUGGCAGAACUGGACAAAGAGAAAAGAAAAUUACUUAUGCAGAAUCAAUCGUCAACAAAUCAUCCUGGAGCUAGCAUUGCCCUCUCCAGACCAGCUCUUAAUAAGGACUUCCGGGAUCACGCCGAGCAGCAGCAUAUUGCAGCCCAACAGAAGGCAGCUUUGCAGCAUGCUCACGCACAUUCAUCAGGAUACUUCAUAACUCAAGACUCUGCAUUUGGGAAUCUUAUUCUUCCAGUUUUACCUCGGCUUGACCCAGAAUGAAGGAAAUAUUUGUAAUGAAAGUGACUUUGUAAUAUCAAAUGCCAAAGCUUCUAUCAUCUAGCGCUUAUACAAACUGUGACUUUCCAGAUUUUGGUGAACCUUUAUGUUUUUGGCUCUUUUAAAAGAAAGGUAUAUGCAAAUGAAAGCAUAAAGGUAGGAUAAUGAGAGCUUUGGAAGCAGUAUCAUCUGAGGAAUCAAUUGUGUUUCCUGUGACUAAGUCUUGUAAUGUGGUUUGAUUUUAACUCAUGCUGCCACGUCUACAAUGGACUUUCAAGAACCAUUUUUAUAGCACUUAACUUAAAGAAAUGAGGGUGCUUUUAAAAAAUGUGAACCAGUAGGCUUAAAUAAGUCACCUUCCUAUUUGCUAUUUAUAGGAUUUUGAUGUCAGUGCAGCCUUUUGAGUAGUCAACAUAUCCUGAAAUAUUCUUUGUGAACUCAUAACUAGUUCCUCUAUUCUCAAUUUUAAAAGAAAACCCAAGAUUAGACUAAAUCACCAACCAGUCUUAAUCUUUUGUAAGUGUAUACCACUGUAAAUGAUUAAAUACCAUUAAAAAACAAUUAUAAGAAAUUUGGUGGUGUUAAAAUUUGUAUGCGCUCUAAGUAUUCUUAUAUAAAUGGUACACCUGCAGGUUCUUAUUGUCUGUUUGAGUUCUAAUUAAAAAAUUAUUAUGCAAGUGGAAAUCCCCCCUUCCCCCCUUUAAUUACUUGAAGUAGGAAGGAGUUAGGUUAAGCAAGUUUCUCAACAUGAACUAUCUCUAAUAGAUUCUGGGGUGAUUUAAAUCUGGACCCUACCCUUAUCCUAUAGAAUUAGAAUCUCUGAUUGUAAGUUAAAUCUGAAAACCAUGGGCUAGAGAAUUCUUUAACAUGUCUUAUGUAAAAUUUUCAUGAUACAUUUAUAAAAUCAUAGAUUUAUAGAUGUCGGGAAUUUAGAGGUCAUUUAACUAAAAUCUACAUUUUUUUCCUUUUAAUAGGAUUGAAAUUAUAGUUUACACUAUAUCCCAGAUAGAGCAUUUUGUAUAUUUUUUAUAACCGACCUCAUCUUGGCCUUGAGUUCCUGUCCUCUCUGCUGGUAGGAAAAAAUUUAAUCUUAAAACUUGCAGUUUGGGUCAAUAAUUAGUCAAAGUUCAACUUCCUUUUCAAAGUGUUUCUUUGCCCCUUUCUUCCCUAGAUACUUGCACCAACCGCACAGCCAUUUCCAUUCCUUCUCUUUGACAAUUUGAACAGAUGCCCUGCCUUUGGGUGAGUUGGCAGGUGUCCCCAUUGUAAUGGUCACCAUUACAGCAGAUGUGCCCUCACUGCUGAGGGCUCCCUGGGUGGGGGGCAGUGUGUCUGGCCCCCAGUGUUCCUCAGGCCCAUCCACCUAUUCCUUAGGCCUUCUUAUAGUGACUCCCAUUUUCUUUAAUUAAUUUUACUCAGUUGCUAUUCUAUGUGAUUCACAACCGGUAGCGUGAUUCAAAUCUGUCUACUAAUAUUCAGGAUAUUAAUAAGUUUGGAUUGCAUAGUUUUUAUGCUAUUGACACUAUUGACUUUUGUAAUCUAGGUAAAGAGAACUUCUUUCCAGUGGUACUUUUUCCAGUCUCAGCCUUUUUAAUAUAUGUUUCUUAAAUCCUGCAGUCCUGGCUUGUCUGCUCUGUUCCCAGAGUGAAGCCCUCCUCCCCUUCCCUCUCCCAUUCUUUGAGUCACUUCACUUCAAUUCACUUCAAGUCUAUAUGUAUUUAUUAAUAUAUACCCUGUGAAGCUUUGAGCUUUGGGGGACAAAAAGGCAAGGGAGGCCCUUCCUGCUCUUCUGGUGGUCACAGUGGAGAGGAGCCGACCGGGAAUCCUAAAGCACACAGAAGGCCGUUCGUGGUCCCAGAGUGGCAUUGUGCAGCAAUAGCAUUCUGGAUGGACCUACAAAUAUUACACGAUUUUAUCCGGCAAGGAAGGAAGACCUGCUCCAGGCAAAGGCCAAGAUUUUAUAAUCAAGACAAAUGAGAAUUAAAACAAUUGCGAGGGCUGCAGAGGGUAAUGGAAAGAGUGGAAGUGGAGUCCAGUCAGAAGCCCUGAGGUGGAAUCUCAGCACUGCUUCCCUGGGACUGUGCGUGCACUUGGAUAACUCAGCCUCUCUUUGCCUGUCUCUCCAUCUGUGAAAUGGGAAUACCACACACUCUGCCUACUUCACUAUUGUCUAGACCAGUAUUUUCAAACUGAGUUCUCAACCCGUUAGUGAGUUGAGAAGCCAACUUAGUGGUUUAAUGGAUUAUGACCAGCCUUUUACUGGAAAAAUAAAAUAGAAUAGAAAACAUCAGAAUGCAUUGCACAUAGUAAGAAGUUUUGGUUCAUGAAUCUUCUGUUUCUGUGUGUUUCUAAGUGUGUGUGUUUUACUUGUUUUUAUUUGUCUGUUCACUCAUACAUAAGGUCUUUUAGGGCAAGGAUUUUUCUGUUUCUUUUCCUCCCUCCCUUCCUUCUUCCUCACAACUAUUCUGCUUAGAAUAGUAUGUGGCACACUGUAGGUAUUCAAUACAUACUUGCUGAAUGAAUGAAUAUAUAUGAAUGACCUGUGUCAUGAUGUAACAUGCAUGUUUUGUUAGAUUUUUUACUGUGAGUCAUGGCAAAAAACUUUUGAAAGCCACUGUUAAAACAAUAUAACAAUAUAGAUGAUGUUCUUAGAAAAACUAAAGUACUUUGCAAAUAUGAGCUAUAGUAGUGUGAUCCUGGGAUAAGAACUGCACUGACUCAGUAAUUUCAAAGGUGGACUUUUUUCCCUGAACAAUCUGUGAGUUGCCUCAUUAAGUUGUCUCAGUUCUUGGCUUCACUUUGGCAAUAUUAACUCAGUCUUUACGUUGUUUUAAGGCCCAUUGAGGUCAGGGAUUUGGUGAGAUGGAUUAUAAUGAGAAUACAGGGUCAGCAGAGGGAACAUGAAUUCACUGAUGGGAUUCAACCCCACUUCCUGAAUCCCAUCAAACAGCACAGUCCCGUUUCAGUCACAUUAAAUUCAAUCAGUAUGUACCGGGUGCUUUCCUUAUUCACUUCUGCCCGGGCAAUAACUGGUACACAGUAGACACCUCCAAAUGAUGAAGGUGGGCUGGGAGGAGUAAGAGAACAGUUUCUGUCCUCGAGAACCUAAUAGUCUAAAGUGGGUGAGACCAGCAGACUAGUAACUAAUACCGGGUGUGAACUGUCGAGAAAGGACCAGUGAAGAAUACAUCAGAGAACAAGCAUUUGAACUUGUUUGCAAGAUGGAAGGAAGCCAUUCAGUAAAGAUAGGAGAGAAACAUUCAAAGCAAAGGGGAAGGCUGCACAAAGGCAGGGUGGAGAGCAGGGGUAAGGGCCAUUGUGAAGCAACCAAAAGCCCCAUUCAGUGGGAGCAUGGAUUUAUAUGGGGAAUAAUUAGAAAAGAGGCUGAAGGUAAGCUAGGCUCAUAUUCUAGAGGAUCUAGAAUUCUGGAGUGAAGCAAACACCUUUAACUCGGGGCACUGCUGGGAAUCACUGAACAUUUGAGUAGAGGCAGGUACAGAGGUGAACCAAUUCUGCCGCAUCAGCUCUUGGGAGAGGGGAACUUCCCGACACAGUGAAUUGCUGUUGCGAUUCACUCCAGCUCCACCUCCCUCUGCUGUCUUGUCCAUUUAGUUCUCAGAGCCUUCCCCCAAAUUCCUCUUGCCUCACCAUCCCUGUUUCCUCCCCUGCAGCGUUCUUCUCUAGAUCUACCUCUGUCAGCCUUACAAGAAAAGGUAAAGCAAGGCAUCUUCACACGGUAUUUCACUUAAUCUUCACAACAGUUCAGUGAGGUAGUGAGGUGGAUAUUUGUAGUAAUCUACUCCACACUAAUUCUUCCUUCCCACUUCCUAACAAUACUCACAUUUUUGUUGGGUAUGCUUCUUCCCCCUAUAACUGAUGUGUUUCAGGGGAAGCUGACUGCCCCAGGAAAAGGAGUGGGUCUUAGAUGCUCCAAGCCAACCAAGUUAAUUCCCUUUUGCAACAGAGAUUGGGUCAGAUAACUUUUGAUACAACCCAGUCAGCAGGUGGCUUUCCUUGGCCACAGGAAUUGGUUCAGGAUUGGACAUGUUGCCCAAUUCAACCCAAACGAGAUUCCAGGAGCAAUUCUCUGGGCUUAUGGAAAAUAUGCAUUCUCACCUUUCUGAGACUACUACAAAAAGGGACUCUUUCCCUCUCGAUGUGUAAUAGGAAGCAGAUAGUCCCGGGUGGUGAUAGCAGCCAUCUUGUGACCAUGCGGCAAAGCCAGUCUUGGGAUGAAGCCUCCACUAUAAAAGGUCAACUAGAGAAAUACAAAAAGAAUUUAAAGAACUGGGUCCUUGGUGACAUCGUUGGACUGCUGAAUCAAACUAUCCCUAAACUAUCCCUCUGGAAUUUUCAAUUACAUGAAGUAAUAAAUCCUCAGUAUUGUUUAAGCCAGCUUAAAGUAGGUUUUUUGUCACUUGUCACAUAAAUAACCAGGUGUACUACCUUUCUAACUAACUUAGCCACACAGCUGGGAAGGGGGAAAGCCAGAAGUUUAAAACCCCGAUCUUUACUCAUGACCUCCCCAGGCCACCUCCACCACCUACCUUAGGCCAUCCUUAGACCUCACCAUAGUUUUUGCUCAUGUAUGCCGUCCCUGCACCUGCCAGCCUUAACCCUUCUAGGACUCGUCCUACCUGAUGAUUUCCCUACUUCAUUGCCUUUGGAUCAAUCAUCAGAAUAUAGGUAUGCAUUUUCAAUUUCUCCCCUCUGUCUCCUCUCUGGCUGCGAGUGGCUCGCCCCUGAUCUCCAUGUCUCUUGUGCCUCUCAGGAGGAGGCAGCUCACGGUUCACGUUCUGGCUCUGGGUUCAGCUCGUUUCUGGCUCAUCACUGCCACUGCCAGAGAAUUGUUUGAACUUCAUUUCCAAAUUCACUUCUCCUAACGUACUCUCAAAUGUUUACAAAAUAGAUAGAAUGAUAUGUCAAAUGUGGCAAAACGUUAAAAGUUGGUAGCUCUGGGUAUCUGG